GUGAAAAUAGGAGUUUUAUUCUUCGAGCGUUAUUUUCAGUCUUAGUCUGCAAUGGAGUUCUGAGAGGAUCAACCAGGAGUUUUAGUUCGUGCUUGGAAGAGUUUUGUGUCUGUUUAGAUUACAAGGAAAUAAUCCUCUUUCUUUAAGGGUUUUUUUCAAAUGGAGAACGUUUCCCUGUCACCUUUGGACAAGCAAGAAAACAAAGCGAUCACUCUGUCAGCCACAAUGCAUGGACAGCAAACCAACAAGUCUCCCAGUGUGCUUCAUCCCCCCGCGCACCAUCCUCAGGGGGACCUGUGGCAUCUACCUGGACGUCUACGAAUAAACCCGUCUCUGUGGGAUAAAGAGGACGUUGCCCACUGGCUCCACUGGGCUCAGAGGGAGUACUCACUGCGACGGUCAGAGAAGGGACGAUUCGAGAUGAACGGUCGAGCCCUGUGCCUGCUCACCAAGGAGGACUUCAGACGCCGUUGCCCCAGCUCAGGUGAUGUUCUGUAUGAGAUCCUACAGUGUGUGAAACAACAGAGGAGGGGUGCUGUCUGCGAUCCGCAAAAUACGCCUCCGUCCCUGCCCCCGGAAAACAUACUCAGCCAGGGCCCAGUCCGCUGCCAGGUCCCCGCAGUCAGCGUCCAAGAGCCUCGGCCUCCAAGAGUCAAUGACACCCAAGCUUCCCUCGCUCUCACCAACGCAGCGUCGACAGCUGUGGUGACGGCUGGGAGCCAAUCAGAGCCCGCGUCACCUCUCAGAGAUCGUCAGUCGAUGUUACACAACCACCCUGCUCAACUCACACAUACAACUGUCCCCACAUCUCCCCACAGCAAAGCUCAGUGUCCUCCAACAAAGAGCAUCAGCCAGGAGCCUCUCAACCUGUCCAGUCGAGAGAGGAGCCCACUGCAAAAAGUCAACGGCCGCAUCCCAGAGUGCAGGCUGCUGUGGGACUAUGUGUAUCAGCUCCUGUGUGACGACCGUUACCAACCAUACAUUCGAUGGGAAGACAGGGACAGCCUGGUGUUCAGGGUGGUCGACCCAAACGGACUGGCGUGUCUCUGGGGAAACCACAAGAACCGAGACAACAUGACCUACGAGAAAAUGUCCCGAGCUUUGCGGCACUACUACAAGCUCAACAUCAUCAAAAAGGAGCGAGGUCAAAAACUCCUCUUCAGGUUCCUGAAACUCCCACACAACAUCAGGAAACAGCAGGCCGACCCCGCCGAGUCCCCGGAGCCCAGUCCACCUCUGAAUGGGAACUUUCCAGACAGCAGUCCAACGCACAAGAUCUUCGAAGACCAUUUUGAGAUUUCCCCUGAUCGUAGGUCUCCACAGCCUCCUCUAACUGGUGCUCCUGUAAGAUAGAAAAAACUGUGGUGUAUUUAUCUUGUGGUUUCCGCUUAACGCAGGUGCUAAAGUUUUAACAAAAUGCACUGUAAGUUGUAUUGUCAGAAAAUGUCAGAUCAGAAAAAACACUAAGGGAUAAGGAAAACUGUGGAGAAAUCAAACCAAUAAUCCCCAGAAUUUAAAUUUCUCAGGCGUACUCAAAAUAAUAGCAUUACAGUUAAUACACCGAUUCUCAUGCACUAAAUCCUGCAAGUCUUGUAGGUAAGUGGUUUAAAUGGAUGGCGAUGGGGUUCUACUUUCCAUUUCUCAGAUUAGAAGAAGAAGAAGAGAUUAUUCAUGUUUACAGAAAAAAAGUGGUGUAGUUCAAAAGCCAGGUUUACCAUGAAAACAAAAAAAAUUCUAUAGUUUGUGAUGAAUCAAUUUGAAGAUGAGGUAUUUGUUUGUGUUGUGUGUUGUAUUUUAUUAAAAUGGAAUGUGGAUAAUUGAACAUUCUGUCUAACGAUCUUAUGUAGCAUUAUUAAAUUACAUGUAAAAUAUGUCAUUCAUUUGAUGUUGUGAUGCACUUUAAUGGUGCAGAGAGGUCUUGGAUUGGAUCUUAGAGCACAGUGAAGCACAAAGACAAACGAGACAGAUCAAAACAAUGUGGUCCAUUUCAUUCUGCCUAUCUGUAUCACUUCAGAGCAAACACAGCCUCAUGUAAUAUAGGAAACCUGUGAGCUAAACACACUCACACAGUAGCCCACUUCUUGCUUAAUCCCAAAAUCAAAGAUGGCCUCUCUACCUGCAGGGGGUGCUGUGGUAGCAUAGGAAACAGCAGCUGAGAUGAUGAGAGUACUUCACCCCCAAGAUAAUUAUUUGAUGUUUGAAACCAUGGACUAUUUUCAUGUUUGUAUCCUUGUUAAAGUAAUUGAAAAAUAAAUGUAAAAAACUAUAAUAAACAUAUUAAUAACUGUUGCAAA